AUGCUAUCGAUUAAACGACGCGCGUUACCUCUUGUACCCGCCUAUUCUAUCACAACUCACAAAAGUCAAGGACAAACUUUGAACAAAGUGGUAAUUAAUUUGAAGUUACCAAACGAUACAGAUGACAUCGCUGCAGUCUAUGUACCAUUAUCGAGAGUGAAGCGUUUGGACGAUUUAAUUAUUUUACGACACUUUGAUUACAAAGUCUUAGCGAUCAAACGCAGCAAAUCUCAAGUUAUCGAAAUGCAAAGACUGGACAAACUCUACAUGGAAACACAAAUGCGUUUUUCGGAAUUGUUUUAA